CCCAUAAAUCCCCUUUACUCGUUCAGCUCCUUCACCACCUCCACCUUCAACCAGCAUUAUGGCUUCCACACCUCUUUCUCUCAUUCUCUUUGCCCUCAACCUGCAACUACUACUCAUUUCUCCUCAAACCAAUGCCCAAACCCCCUCAGCCCCGGCGCCAUCUCCCACCGGCCCCGCCAACCUCACUGGAAUCCUCGAUAAAGCCGGACAAUACACCACCUUCAUUCGCCUCCUCAACGAGACCCAAGUGGGCAACCAAAUCCAAAACCAGCUCAACAGCUCCAGUGAGGGCGUGAGUGUCUUCGCCCCGACCGACAAUGCCUUCAACAAUCUCAAAGCUGGGACUAUAAACAGCCUCACAGACCAACAAAAAGUCCAGCUUGUUCUGUACCACGUAACGCCUAAAUACUACUCUCUAUCCGAUUUCCAAACAGUUUCCAACCCCGUUCGUACUCAAGCCUCCGGCGACUCUGGUGUCUGGGGCCUUAACUUCACCGGCAACGGCAACGGCAACCAAGUCAAUGUCUCAACCGGCAUCGUUGUAACACAAAUCAACAACCCGUUAAGACAACAAUUUCCUUUGGCGGUUUACCAAGUGGACAAAGUGCUGUUGCCUGAGGAAUUGUUUGGUGCUAAACCAGCCGCUUCCGCACCGCCGCCGGCAAAAACUCCAUCUGGCAGCACGAAUACUACGACAAACACCACGGCCGGCACGCCAACUCCGCCUGCGGCUGCGGGUGGGAGAAAUGUGGUGGGUUGGGGUUUGGCUCUUGGGCUUGGGUUAGUGUGCAUGGGGGCUCUCUCUUGAGUAUUUUCCGUGUUCCUAUCUGUUUUCCUUUUGUUUAAUCGCAUAAUUAAGGAUCGGAGCGAUUUGGGUUUGGCGUGUAUAUCUACAUUAAUUUCAUGCCAUUUUUCUACCUUUCUUUGUUCUUCUUUUGUUAUGAUAUGAGUUUCUUCGUUUGCUCUC